AUGGAGUCAUCUGAAUCAUCACCGUUUGAUCCCUUCAAGUCAAAGAAGAUACUCCGUUCAAGCUUCAAACCGUCAGUAUCACCGUCCGAUCAAACGGAGAACAAAGCUACAAAUCAAAGUCCAUGGAACUCUGUAACACCUGAAAAGCCGAUUAAUCCUCCGCGUAGAUUGAAGAACCGCCGGGCGGCGAUGUCCGUGAAAGAAGUCAGACAAGCCGCCCAGAGGCUCCAGAAACCUGCUCCGGACCCGCCUACUCGAUCCGACCCGAUUGUGGACGCUGCAAAACAUCAGAUCGCGACGUUGCCAAGUGAAACUGCGGCUGCUAAAUCAAAGAAGGCCGAUGGCUCAGCAAAGCUCCCCGAAAAAUAUGAGAUAUUGGACAGUUUCUUCAAUAGCUUGGAUAGUUCAAUUCGCCUGCUUCAGUUGAAGGGAUCUAUGUCAACAUUUAUAAAUAUUAGCCCCAAGAUAGAGUGUUUGACUGAUAGGAGGUUUACUUAUAGUCAUUUAGCUCAACUGAAGUUUAUUUUACCCGAGGCAAUUGAGGUAAAGAAAGUUCUUACACAUGAUGAGCGAACAAGUUGUAUGAGGCCAGACCUUCAUGUUACACUGAAUACCAAUGCGAUUGAUAAUGAUGAGAAGAUGAAAUUGGCUAGCGGGAAUGCACGGUUGAGAAAAGUUUUUCAUUCUCGGCUUUUGGAUUUCUCUAAAUCCCAUCCUGAGGGGGAUGAAAUUCCUGAGGGAACACUGCCGGAGCCGUUCAAUCGCUCAAAGCAAGAUCUGCGUACAAACAUAAUCAAAACCUCCACUUCAUCCUUGACUUGUGAGAUAUCAACUGAUGCUCUUGUAGAACAGCAGCCAGCAGCAUCAUCCCUUCUGUCUCAAUCUUUCCGGAGGCGCUUCUCCCAGCCAGGCUCCAAUCAAGAAGUAUUGAACACUCAUUCCUCUCGAAAGGGAAUUAGGGCACCUGCUGUUCCAUCCCCUAUUAAAUCCUCUUCAAAACCAUCAAUGGAUGAAGAAUGCAUAGCACUUGGGGCUUCUGCUGCCAGUCUACCACCAUCUCAUCCUGAACCUGCUGCAACACCAGUCAAAAAAAUGGACUUGACAGAGAAUGAAGAUUGCUUCUCCAUUGGAAAUGCUAGCAUCCAAGGAACUCCUGCCAACCACGUUUCAACACCAGCAAAGCUGAUGAGUGUGACACCUGCAUUGCAACCACCAAAGAGGCAUUGCAUGAGCCCAGAUGAUGAUACAACCAGAUCACCAAACAAAUUGGUUAGGCGUCCACCUCGUAGUAGGUCCCUGAAAUUUGACACUCCUGUGAAGAAUGCAAAGUUAGAGGAUGAAGGUAGUGAGAGUCAAAGAUUAUUGAUCGACAGUGAUAUUUUUGACAUUCUUCCUGAGAAUCUUCUGCAAUCAAUAAGAGAGAAAGAGAGGAAGGCGCUAGAAGAGCAAGAUCCAGCAAUCUCUCAAGCAAAAUGGCGGCAGCAGAUGAUUGCCAGCUUACCUAAGCUCUUUGACAGGAUUCAUUUCUUAUUUCAGUCAAUUAAGCGCUCUAUCAUUACAAAAGACGAGCUUAUGCACAGGAUAAUAGCAAGCCAGUUGGAUAUUGUUGAUAGAAGAGAAGUAGAAGAGCAGCUUAGGUUGUUGCAAGAACUAGUUCCUGAAUGGAUAUAUGAGAAGUCAGCAUCUAGCGGGGAUCUCCUGCUAUGCAUCAAUAGGAUAACAAGUCCUGAGUUGAUACGCACAAGGCUGGCGGAAGCAAAUUGAAAGAGUGCUUAUGGAAAUUCAAUCUCAAUUUAGUUAUGGAAGCAUAUUAACAUAUUACAAGUUACCCUGUACAUUUCGGAAUUUUAUGUAAUUUUGUUUAGUUCAAACUUGCCUCAACCUUUUUCUUUUGGUCGGUGCCUCAUCCAGUUCGAACUCCUCGUGCUUUAUUUAGAUGUAACUGAUGGAAUUCUGCUGGAAGUUUUGAGUUUUUUGCUAACUAGUCAAGCCUGCUACCAUGUAAGAUAUUAAACUUGCGACACUGAAAUAUCCCUAAUUGC